GCUGUAGGCGAUUCGUUUUUUUGUUUGGGUUUGUUAUUCGCUUCAAUUGAUCGUCUAAUAUUAACUGAUUUAUAUAAAACUGGUCAUAUUUGUAAGAAGACUCCAUUAAUAUGUUCAACACGAGUUUAUGUAUGGUUUCGAUUAAUUGGUGCAAUUUGGCCACCAGCAAUUGAGAUAUGCAUUGGAAUCGAAAGAACUUUUUGCGUUUUUUGCCCAAUUUGGUAUAGCAAACAUUCUAAGAAAUUUGCUAUUGUAGUCGUUUUUGCAAUGUUAAUUGCCUUAUUGCUCGUUUUUAAACGUAAAGACGAGGAAAUAGAACAAGGAUGCAAUCGGAAAGGAACAUUUACAAAUGGUUAUGCGCUAUUUUUAUAUUUUGCCGAGGUAUAUUGUUUCGAACAGUUUAAAUUUAUUUUUUUUUUUGGAGGAGAAAGGAGAGGGGGUCGAAGGUCUAAAAAAUUUAAAAUAAUGGAGUUAACAACAAUAAAGCGAUUUUUAUUGAUAAUUUAUUGA